ACCACCACCAUCAUCAUCAUCAUCCUCAUCACUACUCGCAGCACCACCUCAGAAGCCCAUCCCCUAGCGUCCGUCCAGGGAAUGUGCCCCGUAUGCGCAUGGGCGGAGAGACUGCCGCUGUGCGCUGUUAUUAUUGUAAGAGUAAUUUCUUUUUUACGAAAAUGGCGUCUAGUCAGGGAGGUGUGGGAGCUGUCACGGCUCUACAAAGCCAUCACUACUCGAGCGGACCUCACUGGAGCCCAGGCGUCAGCCAGUACCAGCAGCACCAGCAGCAGCACCACACGGCCCGCAGCCUGGACCGGGCUCUGGAGGAUGCCGUGUGCUCGGGGAUACUGAACCUGAGCGGGAGGAAGCUGAGGGAGUACCCGGGGAUGAGCUACGAUCUGACCGAUACAACACAAGCAGACUUGUCCAAGAAUCGCCUCACAGAAAUCCCCCCUGAAGUGUGUCUCUUCGCCCCCCUCGAGUCGCUAAACCUCUACCACAACUGCAUCAAGUGCAUCCCAGAAGCCAUUAUCAAUCUGCAGAUGCUGACUUAUCUAGACAUCAGCCGAAAUCUCCUGUCAGUUUUGCCAAAAUACUUGUUCAGCCUCCCCCUCAAAGUUCUGCUCGUGAGCAACAACAAGCUUGUGUCCAUCCCUGAGGAGAUCGGCAAGGCCAAAGAGUUGAUGGAACUGGACGUGAGCUGUAAUGAGAUCCAGGUGCUGCCAGCUCAGGUGGGGAGGCUUCAUGCCUUACGAGAACUCAACAUCAGGAAGAACUGUCUUCACAUGCUGCCUGAGGAGUUGGCUGACCUGCCUCUCAUCCGACUUGACUUCUCCUGCAAUAAGAUCACAGAGAUUCCUCCAGCUUACAGGAAACUCAGGCAGUUGCAGCACAUCAUCCUAGAUAACAAUCCUAUGCAGUCUCCACCAGCACAGAUUUGUCUCAAGGGCAAAGUGCACAUAUUCAAGUACCUGAACAUCCAGGCGUGCAGGAUGGACAAGAAGCCGGACACCCUGGACCUCCCCUCCCUCGGCAAGCGUUGCCUUCCACAGCCACUUACAGAUAGCAUGGAAGAUUUUUAUCCCAGUAAGAACCACGGGCCUGACUCUGGAAUCGGUAGUGACAAUGGUGACAAGAGGCUGUCUACAACUGAGCCUUCAGACGACGACACUGUCAGCCUGCACUCUCAGGUUUCAGAGACAGCCCGUGCUGAUGCCCUGUCGCUCCUCUCCAAAAUGGAUUCUUGCAAAGAUCAGGAUCUCUAUGACUUUAUAGACCCCAACCCGGACGAGGAUCCUGCUCUGUCAGAGUGUGACGGGCAGCAGAGCAGUCACGUGUCUUGUAUAAAGGAACUGGAGAAAGUUCUUAACAUGUCUCACCAAAGCAAAGAUAAAGACGGCUGGAAAGAGGAGUCAGGCUCUGACAAGGAGCAGCUGGUCGAGGAAGAGGACGAUGAGCUGAAAGAAGUGCUGGAUCUGAGGAAGAUUGCUGUCCAGCUUCUGCAGCAGGAGCAGCAGAAUAGACGACGGUCCUUAAUUUGCAGAGCAGAGAGUCUUAUUCACAGACGGAGAGUGACCGGCCGAGCACACAGAUUCUUGAGUCACUCUGGAAGCUCCGGCAGCAAGCCGAGGCCACCGCCUCAGACGGCUCGCAGUGCUUCUCUGGAUGAAGGAAGUAGUGGAGCAUCGGUGCUGAGUGGACAGCCUUCUUCCUCCUGCUCCUUUGAUGGCAGCCUGAAGACAGAUCAGUCAGACUCAGAGCCAAAGUGGCCCGAAGUCCCACCAGUCCUCAAUCAGAAUGAAGAUCGCAGGCGGAACAAGUACCUGAGAAAAGAUUAUCUGAAGUAUAAGUGUCAGAGUGCUCGGAAAAGCUCCAGUGGGAACGAUGACUGUGAGGAGGGCUUGCGCAAUGCCGAUUUCAGCACCACUCUGACAGUGUUUGGACUCAAGCCCAGAUCAGCUUUCACCAGAGGAAGCCGCCAGGAGUACAGCUCGACAGACCCCAGUUUCACCAUGAGGAGGAAGAUGGAGCACUUGAGAGAGGAAAUGGAGCAGAUUGGACUGUUACGGCAGAACAUCGAGUCCAGACUGAAGGUGUUGCUCCCAGAUGAUGUUGGAGCUGCUCUGAUGGAUGGGGUCGUCCUUUGCCAUUUAGCCAAUCACAUUUGUCCUCGGUCUGUCGCCAGCAUCCAUGUGCCGUCUCCUGCAGUGCCAAAGCUUAGCAUGGCUAAAUGCCGUAGGAAUGUGGAGAACUUCUUGGAUGCCUGUAAGAAGCUGGGUGUCACACAGGACAAGCUGUGUCUGCCCCACCACAUCCUAGAAGAGCGUGGCCUGGUGAAGGUGGGCGUGACCGUGCAGGCUCUGCUGGAUCUGCCUACAUCGAAGCCCACACAACUGUCAGCCGUUUGACACGAGCCUGAAUGUUGCGUCCAACCCACAGUCAUCCAGCCAACCCCUCUCCCCUUCCCGAACCUACACCCCAUCGCCAGGGACCAGAGAGCCCCUCAGGGUGAGGACCCAGUGGGCCGUAGGUCCUGCUUCUGCCUGACUGAAAUGGGAGACAGGAGGGAGAAAUACCUCUGUCUCUUUAUAUGAUGUCAGCCACCACUCCACUUCCUGUCCAUCACAUUUUUACUUGUAUCCUGUUCCUAAUUACUGGGGUCAUCCUGUAUGUGUGUGGACUAGCAGUGUGACUGUGUGUUUCCUGAGCUGCACAGCUUGCCGAGAGGAGACUGAAAAGACAAUGGGUCUAUACAGGAGGACCUGUGCAUCUCUCUCUGCAUGCUCAGUGAUUAUUGAGCCUGCAAGUGCCAGUACUAACAACAUUUCCAUGCUGGUGUUGGAGACAUUGGCAGUGAGGAGAUGACAGACAUUUGACUCACUCUUUCACUAAAGAGACCGAAGCUGCACGCUGGCCUCGCAGCCACAAACCACUGACUGACCUCAAGGGGUUCAUACACUCUUGACUUUCUCUUCUCUUUGUGGAGUUUAUUUCUUCCCAUGAAAAUUCAUUUUUGAAUUUAUACAUGUUUUUUCCAGGUUCCUACUGUCACUGCUUCUCAGCAGCCAGACGUGUUCACAUUUGUUUGAGCAAUCACAUCACAGCUUUUUGAGGGCGAACGCAAGGUGUGCCUCAGAACAGUGUGACAAUUAAUAUUUGCUUGAAGUCACGCUCCAGUUGAUGUCUGCCUGUUUUCCCCUCAAGUGUUGUUCUGAAACAUUUAAAUUACUGCGCAAAUCAGUACAGUAAAAAAAAAACCUCUAUUAAUACAAACCUGCAUGCCAUGACAUCUGACCACUGUGACAACAUGUGCUUGGCUGCGGCUCAAAGCAUGACGGUCCUGUUAUGUAGCUUUUUUUUUUUUUCAUUGUACAUUAAUUUUCUGUUGUUGAAAAUAUUCUGUAAUCCAACUUUUCUAAAGCUUUUAUACUUUCCAAUCAUUGCCAAUCAUCACUGGCCAUUUUUCUGGAGGUCAGAGCCUGGGUUUGCCAUGUUGGGCACAAAGCAGUUAGGAUUUUAUUGCUGUCCGUAACCUCUGAUGAAACAUGUUUAUACUGUAUGUGUUUGUGAGUGGAGGGGUCUGAAUGAAGGGGCCGUCACUCCUGCAAACCUUCCACACAUUGCAUGGUCCUGUCGUACAGCCAGGCCACCCCGCUCUGUGGUUUCUGAUACAAUUCAUUAUUUCAGGGAAAUGAAAUUAUUUAUGUUAUUUAUUCAUUUGUUUUGUAUUUAUAUGUUGUUGGUUUUGUGCAUCGAAGCCCUGGCUAUCAGUUCAGGUGCAGUGCAGCUGACUUUGUGUGUUUUCUGUAACAACCUGAUCUACUUUAUGACUCUUUGGCAAGAUGUGGGGAAGUGACUAAUCACCUGGUGGCUAAACUGGUCCUCUGUGACCUCUCAGCAUUAGUGACAACUGUCACAGUUGAUGUUUAGUUCAGUAUGGGUGUUAAAUACAACUAUGUUCACACCAUUUGUCAGUGUAGCUGACAGCAGUGUUGACAGCAUGAGAGGAAAGAAUAGAGGCAUGAUUGUUGGGUAGACAUUAUGCAAGAGUUGAUUGUUCACAAAGGCUGAAUUUAUUCUUCUCUCAAAGUUCAAGACGGUAUUUGUCAUCUCCUCAUAAAGUUACACCCUGUUUGCUUUAACCUUUUAAUGUAUUACAUCUGUUGUAUUAGGUCUUACUUAGGGAUUAUUAUCAUUUCUGCAGGGCAAUGUCAGUCUCAUGAGGUAAUUGCCAUGUUAGUCCAGACUGUAAUCUUUUUAAAACUCCAACACGUUUUGGUGGGAAGAGUCUGUGUUUCCUCUCUAAAUCCAGAGGGUUUUGCAGGUCCGUGAACGCAGCACAGGCAGAACUCUUCUUUUCUUCCAUCAGCAGAAGUUUUGGAGUUUUUAAACAGCAGGGUGGAUGAUUGAUUAGUCGAUCCGAUCACAGCUGAUCAGAUCAGAUUGAUGAAUGAGAGGAGCAGCUGCUUGUGACUGAAAGCUAAGUUUUAGACCCAGCACAAUAAACGGUUAAGUUUCACUUUCACAACGGCUGAUGUUCUGCUGCUCCGUCUGUGCCCAGAGUGAGCUCUGCGCUGCAAGACUGUGGAACUGUGAAUAACUCAACAGUAUAUAUUUCCAAUAUCACUCUCAAUGAACAGUCCAGCUCCAAAAAUAGAAAAUUAAAGCUAGGCAACAGAUGAAUGUGUGGGAAACCCUGCAUUGUCUCACAUUGCCUGUGUCUCGGCCAGAAAGUUGCACUUGAGCACACCGCAAAGACUACAGCCAAUGACCAACUAGCACGGACACUGUGCAUCUGCGAGAGAGGAAAUAAUUCUUCAUACCAGACUGUAACAACAAUACAACCCAAUGUUGAAAAAACAAAAGAUAUUUCCUGUGCACUAGCGAUCAAUAGCACAAACAAUUGCAAACUGUUUCUGCUAUAGAGCUCAGUGGCAAAAAAUAAUCUUAAAUAAUAUAAUAAGUCUGUUUUGAUCCCAUGCCCUUUUGAUCUUAGUCAUUUGUUUGCUUUCUUCAUUUGCGUUUCUCUUCUCGUAUGCUGAGCUGCCAAUCAGAGUGUUUUCAUUUACCGACAGGCUGCCAUUCAACAUGCUGAAUCAAUCAAAAAACAACUGUCAAGUGCUGACUAGUGCCAACGAUGUGGGACACAUUGCAAAAACUAGGGUGACAGACACUGACUGACGGCCAGCUGUCGGCUUGGUGUGUCAGGAUUCUUGACAAGCUUAAGACUUAUACAUAUUGAUAAGACAUCCAUGAAAUGACCUCUGGCUAUUGACAAAGGCUUUGCUAGUUUCUUUGAUGAAGAAAUAGCUAAUCAUGAUGCAAAACCUGUUAAAACAUGAAAGUGUUGUUUGUGUAGCUGAAACAUCUUGGAGGGUGAUGCCACUUUAACACCUUGAGAGUCUACAAAUAUCAUCAUUAAGCAGCACUGUAACAUCUAAGAACAUGACAUAUUGUGCCUUAAAGAAGGGGUAUUUAUUUUGUUUUUCUGCAAUUUUUUUGUUUGUUGUAAAAAAACAUGUGUAAUGGUUUUCCUCCCUGUUCUGUUUUUUUGAAGGGAUGCUCUAGAUUAGCUGUAACAUAAGAAGCUUCUCUGCCGGAGGGCUACAGCUUCUGACUGGCUGCUAACUGCAGGAAAAUUAAGUUAGAGCUCAGUGGCAGUGUUUAUUAACUCCUCGAUCUACAGUGCGUAGGCAACCAAAAUCUGAAAGAGCGUAUUUGAGGUUUUAUUCACUCUGGCAUUUACUGUUAAUGCUUUGAACCUCACUGUACAAAAGUCACCUGUAUGUCACAUGGUUGGACUUUCCAGAAGAACCUCUGCUUCCUUUAAACGGGCUCUAUGAUUGACUAACUUUAUGCCGUCAUUUUCCAAGGAAGAGAUGCCAUGGAGAUGCCAAACAAUACAGGGCUUCCAGUUUAUCAGGCUUAGGGUGUAACAAAAAAAAAAAAAAAAAAAAAAAAAAAAACUCUCAUGUUACAUCUUUUCUGCUGCAGAAAAUUCCCAUCAAUUUCAGGCUACUGUGGGUUAUCAGGUGCUAUUUCCUGUGCUGUUGAGCUGCAUUUAUCAAACACGCAGCUGUUUUAAGGACAGACACGUAUUCAUAGGGUGUGCAACAACAGACUGCAUCUUACGACAGCAUCUACUAAACGUGCUGACCAUAUUUAUCACCAUGUGAGCGGUUCACGUAUUAUCAAACAAGAGGUGAUGUGAAAUCUCAAAAACUGUAGCACACAGCGCUAUGUUAACAUUACAGAAGCUGGCUUUAUCUGAAAAAGUGUCACACAGAAAAGGCAUUACUGAAGGUAGCAUUAUAACUUCUUCAGUUUUUUUCUGUCUAUGAUUACAGGUUUAGAGACGAUGAAGAAACAGAGCUGAUGUGUAACCUACCUCAGGUUUGCUGUGUCAGACACUGGCAGUUUAGAUUUGAGAUACUUUUCUGAUCAAAAGUGAAAGAUGUUCCUGUAUGCCUAAAAACAUAAGCUGGCCAUACCUGACUGUAUGUUUUCUGUCUCAUAUGUUACUGCACAUAUUUACACACAACUACUUUGUGUUUUGCAAUUGGGGAAGUGAGUUUGAAUUUUAAUGCAUUUUGAUGACAAUGACACUAAAUUAACUGAGGCACAAAAGGGGCAGAAAAUCAAACCACAAAGAAAAUAUUUUGUUGCUUAAUCAUCGUGUGGUUCCUGCUGUGGUUUGUAAUGGGAUUUAACUAAAUUUUCAAAUAAAUGUGAAUAGUAUGGCAAAAAACUAGCACAAACAUCUUGAUAUUCGCUUCUGAGGCUGAACCAUCUGGACCAAGUAUUACCACUUAUUAAUGCCAGAAUGUCUAUGAACCUGAUUUAUUUUUUCAACGUAGUCGCCAGAAUUAAUGUUUUGGCAUUGUACGUUUCUGCAAACCACGGAUAUUUAACAUAUUUAACUGCGUUUCUUUAUGUUUCAAUAACAUUGUGGUUAAUGUGUGGUUAGGUUUAGGCACAAAAACCACUUGGAUAUUGAUAGGAAAAGAUUAUGUUUUGGCUUAAAACACCUGCUUUUGGUGGGACAAUCAUUGCUGGAAAUGCUGCAAAUGUCCCACUAAAAACACCUGCUGUUGGUGGCACAAUUGUUGCUGGAAAUGCCACCAGUGUCUCUCAAAAAAAAAAAAAAAAACACUGUUGGUGGCACAGUCACCACUGGAAAUGCCAAUGAUUUCUGGCUAAAAAACACCCGCUGUUGCUGGCACAAUCACAGUUGGAAAUGCCACCAUUGUCCUGCUAAAAACCCAUUUUUGGUGGCACAGUCACCGCUGGAAAUGUUGUUGAUGUGUUACCAGCUGGUGCUGGCACUGCUGGAAAUGCCAACCAGUAUCCCGCUAAAACAUGUCCUGUUUUUGGUGGCAUAUGUGCCACUGGAAAGGUUGCUGAUGUCUUAAAAAAUACCUGAUUUUGGUGGCACAAUUGCAGCUGGAAAUGCUGCUAAUGUCUUGUUAAAAAACACCUGAUUUUGGUGGCACCAUCGUUGCUGGAAAUACCACCAAUUUCCCAUUAAAAAACACCCAUAUUUGGAGGCACAAUCACCGCUGGAAAUGCCACCAGUGCCCUGUUAACCCCCUCCCCCUGUUCUUGGUGGCACAAGUGCCACUGGAAAAGCCACAGAUGUCUCACAAAAAUACAUCUGAAUUUGGUGGCGCCACUAUGAACCUUACAAAUGUAACGUAUUAGUGGUUUGCAGAAACAUAGAAUGCCAACAGAGGAUUCUUCUGGCGAAUGGGCUGAUUAUCUUCACAAAAAAAAAAAAAAAUUGCAGUUACAUAAAACACUUCUUCCUCAAGGUGUGGUGACUUCACCUGCUGGAAAUUAUGAUGAGUUUCUCUCUAUUGUAAUGAUGGGAAUUAACAUCUCAGUUAAACUGUAGCUGUAGGACACAGGUGAAAGUCCUUUACAUGAGUCACCCCUUUUGUGUUUUUUUUUUUUUUUUUUUUUUUUUUUUCUCAGUGUUAUCUCCUUGGUAUCAUGCACUGCAUGCCUGGGCAUGAUAUAUCUCCCUCCAUGCAUGCAAAGGCGUUGCUUUGUUUCCUUUUUGAUCCCGUUAAUAUUUAAUCUUUUCAAUUGCCUGUAGCACUUACCCUCUCACUAAUGCCCACACAUGAUCGAAAAUUCAAUUUAAUAUGGGAUGUUUAAGUCAUACACAGUUACAAAUAACUCCCAAUACAAUGCCACCUAAGUGUGCGGCUCCUCCCUCUUUCCCUUGAUGUCUGUGUGAGCCAGCGCCUCAGUUACCUUCAGUUCUUUGUUAGUGAGAUGACUCAUUGAUCUGUCAGCCAAGGAGAGCAAAACAACUGUGACUUUUGUGUGCAGUGUAACUAUGUCAUCAAAUGUCACACUGAUGCCUUACUCCUGUUUUUCCUGUUUACACCCCCGUAUGUCAUGAUGCCCUUUUAUUGUUUUACUGUAAAUUAACCAAGUGCCAAAUCACGAAGGUAUCAUUACUUCACAGCCUUCAGUGUUUGAGCAAAAGCAUAAUUAUGGGCACUGUCAACACUGUAUACAAAUAUCUACUACUACUGUUGAGCCGAAAUGAUGAAAAUCCCACACACACACAUACUCACACAGCUCCUGUGUAGCAGGACCUGUAUCAAGACUAUUCAGAUGGUUUGUAUUAUGACUUUGAAACUGAAUAUGAAAUAUUACAUACAGUUUGAUUGUAAGUCUUUGUUUGAAGGACAAGUUCACAUUACCUAAUCUUACAACAGCAGUCACAUGUCCACUUGUGCAUUGACCCAUUUUGUGCUGGCUGAAGUCGUUCCUCCUGUUCAUACUGGAGUCAAGUGGGUUUCUUCUGAAUUUACAGUCGGCUCAGUGUGAAACUUCCACAACAGUGUUUUUUUGUUGAGCAGAGUAAUAGUAGUAGAAAGAGGGAAUUGUGCACCAAAAAGACUGUAACUUCAGAAGAUAACCACUCGAUUUAUCUGACUCAGACUGUUGAAACAUCAUAUAAACUUUAGCUGAACUUUAGGAUUUAACUUGAGGGGAUUUCUUCAGGGCCAGUAUGGCCUGGAGGAACUACUGUAGUGACUGUUAUCUCUGUCGACAUAUACGGGCAUGUGAGUAAGACAGACUUGAAAAAAGCUGAAACUAUCUUUUGAAAUGUUUGCCCUGUUUGGAAGAGUCACACAGAAGUGUCGGAAGUGACUUAUACUCAUAAAGUAAUAGCUGGUUGUCAUUUUUCAACAUUAAUGUGUGUGUUAUCAUCUGUGAACGUAGUGUUUUACCUCAAGAACUGUUCUAUCCAGUUAUUUGUUUAUUCUGUUGUACAGAUCGCACUAAUAAAUAGGUUUCCUGGCAGGUAUUUUAUGAUGCAUGGGAGCAAGUGGAACAUAAUAAUAAUAAUAAUAAUAAUAGAUCUUUAUUUUGCUUUUAGGGUGACACUCCCUUUGCAGCACACCUGCUAUAAAAAGUAAUGAACUCUGACAAAUGUCAUGGAAAAGUCUAACUGACGCAUCAUUGUUGGCGAGAAAUCCACUGCAACCAUCCUUUGUAUCAUCAUAAUCAGUACAUCAGUACCUGUACAUGGUUCACGUGUCACAGUUGUACAGUGGCCAACAAGGGCAAACGUGCUACACUGGCCUAAAACGUUUCUAAUACAAGAACCGUGUUGCUGCUUCAGAAAUUACGGCAAUUUAAAAACAAAAAUCCAACAGAAAUGCAACAAUGGAAAAGUUCUGCAAAUGAAAAAAGUGCUGCAACGAGUCAAAAAAAACCCACAUUAAGAGCAAGCACAUUAUAAAUACAAGUGUGGAGUUAAAAACACAAAAAUAAAUAUAAACUAGUCCAUACCUAUUGGUAGCUUUGUCACCUUCUACCUAUGCCAAUCCUCAAUGCCUAUGUGCAGUUUCACAUAGAUUGACCACGUCAGUGAGUAGAAAAACGUGAGACAGACAGAAUGACUGACUGACAGAAUGACACACUGACAGUUUCAGUGAUUAUGUACAGCAUACCAUACCAUGACUUAGUCAUACCAAAAAUUAGAGAAAAAACCCCCCAACAUUCGGCCACAGGGGGAGCCACAGCAAUCGUUCGCAUUUUAGCCAUUUUUAAGCAUUUUUCUGUUGUUAUAGCGCCACCCAGUUGCCAAUUAGAGUUAAAUUUCUCCAGUCACCUUGAGCCAUCCUGUUCUACAUAUCUACCAAGUUUAGUAAAAAUCCAUAUGGCAGUUAGGCCUAGAUAAGAAAUUAGCUCUCUAGCGCCCCCAUUUUGUUUGAUGGGGUCAAUAAUGGAGGGGUCCCCUCAGAUUAUGUGUGGUCAUAUGCCUACAAAGUUGCGUGGUGAUCGGUGAAACCCUUGAGAUGUUAUACACCUUUAUGUGAUGAGCCACACCCUCCGCAAUAUUCAUUGCCUUAUAGAAGCUCAGUUUUAGUAAGUUUUCCAACUUUUGCCAAGAGGGAACUUUAGAUAUUGGUCCCUAGAUUAUGUUCACCAAGUUUCAUGCAGAUCGGUCAAACAAAAGGAAGAGAUCGAUUUUUAAGUGUUUUUCAAAAAAUUCAAAAUGGCGGAAAAUCGUAUAUAACUGGAAGUUAUGGGUUCUAGAGGUAAAUUUGUUCCUCAUGAGGAGAGGCAUCUCUGUGCAAAGUUUCAUGUCUCUACAACAUACAGGGCAUGAGAUAUGCCCAUUCAAAGCAAAUUCAAUCGGUUGCUAUAGCGCCCCCCUUUGGCCAAUUGAUGUAAUAUUGCUUCAUUCGCAUCCUCCCAUGACCCUCUACCACUGUGCCAAAUUUCACAUGGAUUGACCAAGUCAGUGAGGAGAAAAACGUGGAACAGAGACGCCCACAGACACACAGACAGAGUUUUCGUCAUUAUAUAGUAAGAUAAGAUAAAUGCAAAAUGCUGCAUGCCCAGUGAACACAUCAGAUAUUCUCCAGGCCUCUAGGGGGAGCUACAUAAAUCCGUUGCUUUUUUAUGAUAUUGUAAAAGACUACGGCCAAAUGUUAAAAAGAAUACGUACCCUUUUAUGUCACCUCUAUACUUCACUUCUCUUCUAAAAAAACAAGUCAAACAAACACGCUCUCUCCAGGUCGCCUGGAAAGUUUUGACUUUGAUUGCACAUUUUUUCGAUUUUCAGGACAUUUCCGUUGUCGCAUUCGUUUUGGAUUUUCAUAUGUGUUUUUGAAUUGACAUUGUUUCUGAAGCUGCAGCACUUUUCUCCAGAUGAAAAUGUCUCUGGGCCAUUGUAGUGUGUUUGCUAUUGUCAGCCACUGAAUAACUGCCAUCAGAUUUUUGUCUGUUAUGAUUUAUCACUUGCCAUCUCAUCCAAAGAAAACAGUGAAACAGUGAGUCUUGUCUACAAUGCUACACUGCCAAGAAAAUUCAAACGUAUGUAAAGAAGCUUUUUGUAUCUCCAAACAAGUCAAAUGCAUGCAAGAAGACCGAGUGGCUGAAGCUGAACCUCUGUACAUAUCAUCUGUAUAAAUUCCAGGGAUUUCUUAAAAAAAAAACAAAAAAACAACA